AUGGAUGAUAUUGUUUUGAAAUCAAUAUCCAUACAGCGUUUUACUCUGAACGACAUAGAAAUUGCAACCCAGAAGUACAAAACUUUAAUAGGGGAAGGAGGCUUCGGAUCUGUUUACCGUGGUACACUAUCUGAUGGUCAAGAGGUGGCUGUGAAGGUACGGUCAGCCACCUCAACUCAAGGAACUCGCGAAUUCAAUAAUGAGUUGAACCUUCUCUCAGCUAUUAGGCAUGAGAAUCUUGUCCCACUUCUUGGUUACUGUUGUGAGAAUGACCAACAAAUCCUUGUUUAUCCUUUUAUGUCGAAUGGCUCCCUACAAGAUCGCCUCUAUGGAGAAGCAGCAAAACGAAAAACUCUUGACUGGGCAACCAGGCUUUCCAUUGCAUUAGGAUCAGCUCGAGGCAAGUAUAUGGGGUAUUAUUCAACACAGCAGUUUUCUGCAAAAAGUGAUGUCUUUAGCUUUGGAGUUGUUCUACUUGAAAUAAUAAGUGGUCGAGAGCCUCUCAACAUACACAGGCCUCGAAACGAGUGGAGCUUAGUUGAAUGGGCCAAACCGUAUAUAAGGAACUCAAGAAUUGACGAAAUCAUAGAUCCUAGCAUAAAGGGAGGGUACCAUGCAGAAGCAAUGUGGAGAGUGGUGGAGGUGGCACUGUCAUGUAUUGAGCCUUUUUCAGCUUACCGACCAUGCAUGUCCGACAUUGUCCGAGAGCUAGAGGAUGCUUUGAUCAUAGAGAACAAUGCAUCUGAAUACAUGAAGUCCUUAGACAGCUUUGGGGGAUCCAAUCGCUUCUCUGUAGACAGGUCGAUGGUUAUUCCACCCACUCCAGCUCAAACAGAAACAUCCUCUAUCCUUUCACAACCAACUCCUCCACAACCAAGAUAA